GAUCGCGAAGUGUUCGUGUACAUCCAUUUGUUAGGAAUUUAGAUUUAUUAAUGUUAGGAUCUAAGUGAAAUUACUAAUAUUAAGUUAAAAUGACACAUAAACGUAUAAUUAAAGUUGUUAUUUGUUUAUAGCGUUGUUGAAGUUAUGUUUUAUAGUGAAAUCGUUUGUAGGCGAAGUCCAACAUUGUUGUUAUUAGUUUCAACAAAGCGGGCCCUAGAUUGUACUAAUAUUUUAUAUUGUGUCCUGUGGGUGGCAUCGUGAUCUCAGUUUAUUUAAUGCGAAAAUUAUUAAGUGUAAUGUAAAUAAAAAAUAUUGCUAGCUCGCGCAUGCGUUAUUAUCGAAAACAGACAAAGGUUUUGUGUGAUUUGAAAAUCAGCUGUGUGCAAUGUCUUAGUGGUACCAAAAGUGUGUUUGUAAGCGACAAUGUUUAGUGAAAUUGGAUAUACAAUAUUUUUACUGCUUGCUCUGCCAUACAUCGAAAGUGCAUCUCGUCGCCUCAGCGAGUACGUGGAACACUACGAGGAGCUGGACUACGAUGCAGAUCGGAUCCACGUGCAGCAUCUGCGCGCGCGCCGCUCCAUUGAGCCGCCCGACCUUCGCAUCAGCUUCCGCGCACACACCAGGCACUUCCACCUGCGACUGCGGCGAGACCUCUCGGCGUUCACUGAAGAUUUCAAGGUCGAGGGCUCGGCGGGCGAACUCCAUGACGUGGACACGUCCCACAUCUACAAAGGUGAACUGGCUGACGAGCCGCAGUCGGCGGUGUUCGGUUCGGUGACGGGUGGCGUGUUCGAGGGUCAGAUCGUGUUGCGCGACGGCACCUACUACGUGGAGCACGCCAAGCGCUACAUUCCGCAGAACAGCACCCGCGGCCGGGUGCACUCCGUCAUCUACAAGGAGGGUGACGUCAUCGACCCCUACGCGCACAGGAGACACGGUCACGUCGGAGGCUGCGGCGUGACGGACGAGGUGGUGCAAUGGAUGGAGCGGAUCCAGAACUCUGGGGUCGACGACGAGGUGCCGGCCUCGCCGUCGCCAGCUUCACACGCGCACCACUACCCCUCGUCGCCGAUACCCUCGCACCCCAACAGCCUCCGAGAUGACCCACCCAGGCACUGGGAGCAUCAUCAUCACAACAAAUACUCGCGAGCAUCGAACACGGGCGAGCAUUCGCGCUCGAAGCGAGCAUCGGAGCCGAGCAAGAUCAAAAACACUUGCUCGCUGUACAUACAGACCGAUCCGUUGAUAUGGAGACAUGUUCGGGAAGGAUUCCCUGAACACAUCGAUCCGAGCAAGAAGAGCGAGGUGGACAUGAAGACCCGCGAGGAGAUUCUGUCGCUGAUAUCGCACCACGUGACCGCUGUCAACUACAUCUACCGAGACACCAAGUUCGAUGGCCGCCGCGAGCACAGGAAUAUACAGUUUGAAGUGCAGAGGAUAAAGAUCGACGAUGACUCGGCGUGUAAGAAGCACCCGUUCGCGACGGAGACGAACCAGUUCUGCUGGGAGAACAUCGACGUGUCCAAUUUCCUGAACCUGCACUCGUUGGGCAACCACGAAGACUUUUGCCUCGCCUACAUGUUCACCUACAGAGACUUCACCGGAGGCACUUUAGGACUGGCGUGGGUCGCGAGUGCGAGCGGCGCGUCGGGCGGCAUCUGCGAGAAGUACAAGACGUACACGGAGACCAGCGGCGGCCUGUACCAGAGCACCAAGCGGUCGCUCAACACCGGCAUCAUCACCUUCGUCAACUACAACAGCCGCGUGCCGCCCAAGGUCAGCCAGCUCACCCUGGCGCACGAGAUCGGACACAACUUUGGAUCGCCGCACGACUACCCGUCGGAGUGCCGGCCGGGCGGCCAGGCGGGCAACUACAUAAUGUUCGCGUCGGCCACGUCCGGCGACCGACCCAACAACAGCCGGUUCAGCGCCUGCUCCGUCGGCAACAUCAGCGCCGUGCUCGACGCCGUGCGCGACGGCCGCAAGAGGGACUGCCUCAAGGAGAGCGCCGGCGCCUUCUGCGGGAACAAGAUCGUCGAGGUCGGCGAGGAGUGCGACUGUGGUUACGACGAGUUCGAGUGCCGCGACAAAUGCUGCUACCCGCGGCAAGUGAGCUCCUACGACCUGGAACGAAACGCGACUGCCAAGGGCUGCCAGCGAAGGGCAAAUACUCAGUGCAGUCCGUCGCAAGGCCCGUGCUGCCACCCCGCCACCUGCCAGUUCGUGCUCGCGUUCCGCAACCAGACGUGUCGCGAGGCUAGCGAGUGCAGCCACGCCGCCAACUGCUCGGGUCGCUCCGCCGACUGUCCGGAGCCCGAGCACAUGCCCGACCGCACGCAUUGCAACAACGGGACGCAGCUGUGCAUCAAGGGCGAGUGCAGCGGCUCCAUCUGCCUGGCGUGGAACAUGAAGGAGUGCUUCCUGUCGUCGUCCCCGACGCGCGUGGGCGACGGCGUGACGGCCGUGGUGGACCGGCGGCGCCUGUGCCAGCUGGCGUGCCAGACCGGGCCCAGCCCCGACUCGUGCCGCAGCACGGCAGACUUCGCGGAGCGCGUGGGCCUGCCCGCGGGCGGCAUCAGCCUGCGACCGGGAUCGCCCUGCGAUAACUUCCAGGGAUACUGCGACGUGUUUCUUAAGUGCCGCGCGGUAGACGCCGAAGGUCCGCUGGUGCGUCUUAAGAACCUGCUGCUCAACAAGGCCACCCUGCGAACCCUCCAGGAGUGGGUGACGGCGCACUGGUGGGCCGUGGUGAUAGGGGGAGUGGCCCUCAUAGUGUGCAUGGGCGCCUUCGUUAAGUGCUGCGCGGUGCAUACACCCUCGUCAAACCCCAAGCGGCCGCCGGCCAGACGUUUGUCUGAGACACUCCGCCGUCCCAUGAACACGUUGCGUCGUAUGCGAGGCCCGCGUGCGCCCGCUGCCGCCGCUGACUCGCGCCGCGGGCCCGCGCCGCCGCGCCCGGGACAUCGCCGCGCCAGGAACCAUAAGGGAUACGCCCCGCCACUCACCUACACGGCCAGAGAAUCAGGUUCGAGUGGCGCGGGCCCCAGUGGUCGGCGGGAGCCCUAUGCCAAUGCCUACCCGCAGGCCUACGAGAUGCGCCCCGCCCACAAAGUGUGACAGUCCGACCUCGCGCUCGCGCUAGCUCUGUCUCUCUCGCUCUCGUCACACCUGGCGUCUCGCUCACCCGCUCUAUAACACAUGACGUCAAACAUCAACAGUUCGUUAUGUCUGCCCCUCACUCUUGGUACACCGCAAGCGUGCAUGGAACAGUUCAGAACAUUCCAGUUUGACAAUCGCUCUGAAUGCAUUUCAGAAACAUAAACUAAUAGUUUUAACAAGUAAUACUAUAACUUUUGUAUAUUCGAAAAUUUCAAGGUUCUGGAAACGGGUAUAAGUAAUAAUUUCUCUUUUUAAAAAUACAUACAAUCAACUUUACGAAAAAAAACAUAGCAGACAAAAAAUAAAUACUUGCAGAAUUGAUUUUUGUAUGUCAUGCUAAUGCAUGACUUGUUAUCAACACUUCAAGAUAUUUAUUUAAAGCUACAAUCGCAUUUCUACGUUCUGGUCCUUCGAGCCGGGUAUGAGAGGGGUGGUCAACAAGUUUUAGAAUUUUAAAUAUGUUUUACAUAGUGUCUUAAACAUCUAUGGAGAGCGCGUAAGAUUUUAAAUAUAUCAGAUAAUAUAAAGUAGUAUUUUACAACCUGAAUAAUCAAAACCAUCUUUUCUAUAAGAUUCCUAAAUUAAAAUUGUAUAAAGAGAAUCCAUGAUUAUGACACGAACACAAAAUACUGAUGUAUAACUGUUUAUAAUACGCCAAACUCAAUGAGACCGCGUCGUGUUCUACAAAAUUAGUUUUAUUUUUGUACAAAAAUAGAGAAUUGCUGUUCGCGCGAGUCGGCGGCCAAACCUUUGUAUAUUUUUGUAUAUAAGUGAAAGUAUAUACAAUUGCGAUGUAAAAAUAUCAUGCAAAUACUAAAUACAUAAUUGUAACUGUUGUUAGACUUUAAUGUAGGCUGGGGUUUGCCGCGGUUUGUAUUUCCGCCAAAGUUGUAUUUACAAAGUUGAGAUGUACUCACGACUGAAUUUCAAAUUCCAACAUUCUAAUACAGCCAAGUAUAAGUGAACUUUUGUUAUUUAUAAUAAAAAUGCACAAAUUAUUAAUAUUAAGGGUAAAUAUCUAGUUCUUUAUAAAAACAAAGAAGGCAGUAAGAUUAUUUUUCGAGGGCAAUAAUUAAAUUAAUUUCAACUGUUUAUAUCUAGUAUAUGACAAGAUUAAUAAGAGGGCUUUUAUGAGCCGGACAAACUGAUUCAUUAGUAUUGUUUAAUUAUUUAAUUUAUUGAGAUAAAUUUUCAAUUGUUUGUAUGUUAAUUGAUGUGAAGCGAAUGUUUCGCCUGUAUGAUGUAUGAUCGGCCAGGCGAUGUAGCGGCAAACUCAACGUUAAAUGUAAGCAACUAAUAAUUACCGCAAUCUCUGUUACUGUAAUUUUUAUAUAUUUUAAACGUAAGUGAUGUAAAAAUAUUAAGGUGCCAUUAAACUGAUUUAUUCCUGUUUCGUUUCUUCACACGAUCAAAAAUUGUCUCAAAAUUCCUGUAAAUCGGGCUCAAUAAUUGAAUGUAGAACUUAGUGACGUAUUAUCAAGGGUUGUCUUUGUUUGAAGCUCAAAUUUUAAAUUACCUGCGUUAUAUUUAAAACUUAACCCUAUUUGAAUUCGCAUAGAGUUUACUAUAACGAUUAGUCUUCCUAUGGCGAUUAUGAUUAAUUUGUAGGUAUAUAUGUGUAAUUGAACAUUAUUGCCAAAUGAUAAAUCAUUACUAGACUGAUAUCAAAAUUCAUCUCAUUGUUUGCGCUCAAGUGUGUGGCUCAAGAGUUUAUUUGUGACUAUUUCAUCACAAACCAUAUCAGAAACACUCCUUUUUGUAUUUCAAAGACUUGGCAUGAAGUGAAUGUACAGUCGGCAGUAUUUGGGUGAUUAUUUUUGAUGUGUUCCUACUUAGUUUCAACGGAUCGGCAAGGACCCAUAAUUAUAGGUAUAUAUAUAGCCACAAAACAACUGAAUAUAUUAUUCCGCGCACCAUAUUGCUACAUGAAACGAUGUAAAGAACGAUGACGUGAUUAAAAUUUUAAGUAAAAGGACGACAUCUACUGUGUUAACCGCGAAGUAAAGUUAUUCCAAGUUUUAAACUUUUUCGGCCUUACAAAUAAAAUUGGCGUAAAGUUAUACCUGAGCAUAAACCUCAAAUAGAAAUUUUGCCUAUGACUGAUUUAUUUGAACGUAUAACGUUUCCCGCCUUAAAUUGCAAGGCAUUCGAAAUACUUCAGAAUUGUCAUUGUAUUGACAGUGUUGUCAGCGAUUUAGUCAACAUUUAGCAUAUUCUUGGUUUCUUUUGAAGUAUAACUUUAUGGUAAGUUUAUUUGUAAGGCCGUUUGUCUUUAUCUUACCUUUGUCACUACAGAAUUUUACAUGACAGGGAGAAACUUUACAUUGCGUUUAUUAAUAAGACGAACGAGAAAGUAGAACAAAACGUUUUAAAUUUGGAAUAACUUUAAAUAACUAUGACUAUCAAAAAGAUUUAGCACAGAACUAGUACAUAUUUGAAUCUCAUUUUGGGUCAUAUAGCUCUAAUUUAUUUAUCUUACAAUUUUUUCAUAGUAUCCCUGGUGAUUGAAUACGCUGUCAUAAAAAUAAACACAAACAAAACUUUUAAUAGCACGAGUAUAUAAAAUCUAAAUUUUACGCUGACGUCAUAGUAUUUUGUCUUAAUUAUUCUGUAAUAUAAAUCUUAGAUAUCUUUACCUUAAUUGGACGUAAUUCCAGAAAAACAUUCCAAAGCACAAUCAUGUCGAAAUUGAGUUAAGAACACAAAACUGGUCACGUGACUCACAUUAACGGACUUACAAAAAAUGGCAGCCCUACUGUCACUCUUUAAAUGACAGAACUAAGUAGCUCAACCCAUAACGCAAUAUACUAAUAUUUAGUAAACUUUAAACACGAAUUCCUUUUGUGGCUUGGAACGUUUUUCAGGAACUACGUCCAGUUAUUAGAAAAGUAUUAUAAAUUAUAUAAGUAAAAAAAACCGUUAUCAAGUCCCGAAAAAACAUUUAAUGCGCGUUGUAAAAGUGGUCUAUAUUUAUGAAAUAAAACGCCAACUAGGUCCUAUUGCUAAUCUGUGACAUUGAUAAUACAAUUCAAAGUUUGUGGUAUUUUUGGUACCGUGUAACUUUAACUUUAUUUUAAGCAAUAAAUGAUCACCUAAAUAUUGACGACUGUACAGUUCAGAUGAAUUGAUCUCUUGUAUUUCCUUUGUAUUAUGUAGUGUAGGUCCGUCGUGCAAGCCAAAGAGCAUGAUGUAUUUUAUAUUGUUUCUAUACAUUAAUAUUAAGAGUCCAGUUAAAUGAAAUUAAUUCAUUUAUUACCUUUACUCAUUAGAUUAAUUCAGUUCUGAAUGUUUACUAGUUGUUUAAUUUUAUUUAAUUGGGCAUUAAUUCUAAGUAUACCAAGUUAAUGCCAUUUUAUUAGGAAAGUUAAUAGCAUGCGAAUAUUGUUAUUGUAAUAUAGGUAGGCAUUGUAUAUUUGUAUGUAACGGACCGAUGAUCUGAUGUUUCGACCAAUUUCCACGGUUGUCGCGUCCUCUAGUAAUCAAUGGCAUUAUUUAAGUAAUUUAAGUUUACCGUAAUAGAUUAUUUAAACAGACAUUGUGAAUAUUUUUAACUAUCGAGAUAAAUGUUAAAAUGUGAUUUCAAAAUAACAAAACAUAAUUAAAUUUUACAUGAACUUCA